GCUACCUUGAAGUGGGCUUGAGGAGCCAUGGCGGCUUAUAGGAGCGACGUUGCUAGAAGAAUCAGCGCGUACGAAUUUGCUUGUAGAGCAUGUGAUGUCGUCUUCGCUGAUGCAUUUUACAUGCAAACUGUGCCACGGCCACGGAUGCGCGACAGAUUGAACCCGAUGGAGGUGUACGACGACGAGGAGUUUAUCACGCGCUAUCGCUUCACGAAGCAAACAGUUCGCGAGCUGCUCGCCUUUGUGCCACUUGAAGCGAGCGGCGACAACCGAGGAUUGCCGCUGACACCCAUGCAGCAGCUGCUUGUGGCACUGAGAUUUUACGGUGCCGGAACCUUUCAAAUUGUGAGCGGCGACUUGGUCAGUGUGUCCCAGCCCACGGUGUGCCGCACGGUGAAACGAGUGACGCGCCUUCUUGCAAGGCACCUGUUCCGAGCAGUCGUCCGCUUCCCGGAUGCCUCACAGCUGUCAGGUGUGAUGCGAGAUUUCUACGAGAUCGCCCACUUUCCCGGGGUGACGGGCUGCAUCGACGGCACACAUGUGCGCAUAAAGAGUCCCGGAGGCGAUGACGCAGAAGUCUACCGCAACCGCAAAGGAGUGUUUUCUAUUAACGUUCAGGCGGUUGCCGGACCAAUGCUGCAAUUCUUCAACGUUGUAGCGAGCUGGCCGGGGUCUGCCCAUGACAGUCGCAUAUUCGACAUUUCUAGAGUACGAGUUCUGUACGAACAGCAUCGUGUGCCUGGUCUGCUGCUUGGGGACAUGGGCUAUGCCUGCUCUCCUUUCUUGAUGACCCCCCUUGCUGAGCCAGGUCCAGUCAACUCACCAGAAGGCAGGUACAACAAGGCACAUAUCAAGACCCGCAACUCCAUAGAAAGGGCCUUUGGAGUGUGGAAAAGGCGCUUUCCAUGUUUGGACAUGAAGCUGCAGCACAAGCCUCGUAAUGCAGCUCGCAUAAUAACGGCUUGCGCUGCCCUGCACAACGUGGCCCUCCUACGAAGAGAACCCGAGCCACUCGGUCUCCAUGUUCCCACCAGCCGAUGCAGACGUACAGGAAGAAAUACUUGCCAAGAGCACCUGCCAAGUGUUAAUGGUGUGCGGGACAAUCUACCUGGCAUGCGUGCACGGCAGCUUCUUAUACAGAGAAGUUUCUCCUAAAAUUGUUGUUUGAAAUCCACCUCAGUGUUUCUGAAUAAUAGGGGUGUGUGAACAGUGAAUUUUGAGACUGAAUCGAAUGGAAAUCAUGCAGAAUCAAAUCGACUAGUUUUGGAAUAAUGAAGAGGCAUUAGCAGCAUUAAUAUAAAACAAUGCUCACAUCCUAGUAUAGUCAGAAAGGUUCUGUCAUUACAUAGCACAUUAGGAAGUGUUUAUUAAAAGCACAAACAGAGCAUCAGGAGCAGACCAUUAGUUUCUUUGUAUGUGCAAAACUCUUUAGAGUGUGCGAAUGGUCACUGUAUAGCCUGUAAUGUGUGGCUACCGAAGCGACGUUGCCUGUUCCACUACGCGAGUUCUCAUGUUUUAUGUCUAUACUAUGCCGGAGGGGUAAAAACUUGCCGUGCUUUUGCUCCAAUUUUGUUUAAUUGGGCGCAGUUGAUGUUUUGAAAUAUUCAAAAGGUUUCGAAUAUUCACACACCCCUAUUUGAUUCUGCACGAUUUCCAUUCGAUUCAGUCUGAAAAUUCACUGUUCACACACCCCUAUUAUUCAGAAACACUGAGGUAAUGGGUUCAGGGUUCUUCUUUGUGUCAUGUGGCGUCUGUAUGGCACUACAGACAGACGAAAUGUAAAAAGACCAUGUGUGUUAAAAACUCAGUUACUGAUUAGACACGCAGCCUCAGGGUGUCAUGCAGCUUUUAUUUAGAGCAUUCAAUUUUGCAAGCUCAACUUGCUUUUGAAGAUUCAAUAUUUCUAUUUUCAGCUUAUGCUCUUCAUUUUUUUUUUCAUGUUGUCUGCAUGCUCUUCUUGCAUGAGAUGCAUUCUCAACUUGUGCUCCUCCCUGAGCAAAGCAAUCCUGACUUCAUUUUCAGAAGCCAAAGUUUUCUCCAGGAGUGCCAUCCUGCUUCUGGGUGGCCUCUGGCUUGUAGCUUCUCUGGCUAGUUCUGGCUCAUUCUCCUUGUUUGAGUCAAACUCUGGCGCAGCUGCACUGUCAUCCACAAUGGGUGAACUUGUGGCG